AUUUCUAGCCGCGACCGCCGCGGCUGCAAACGGGGCCCCGUCCCGGGAGGCCUGGGCGCACGCGCGGCCAGGCUUCUCGGGGUCUCGGACCGUGGUGGGAGCUGGGACGAGACGAGGUGCGUUGGUGGGGACGCUGGGCGCCCUCGAGGCGGCCAGCUGACCCCUCAGGGCCGCGCGGGCUCCGGCUCCGAGCGUGGUGGGCUUACCGGGGUGCGCCCGGGCCUGGACGCUCCCUCGCCGUGCUGGCUGAGCCCCCAGGCCCCUGACGUUUAUGGGGUCGCAGACGAAGAAGGUGCUGCUCACACCCCUCAGGCAUCCUGCUCGCCCCUUCCGGGUCUCCAACCAUGACAGGAGCAGCCGCCGAGGGGUGACCGCCAGCAGCCUGCAGGAGCUCCUCACCAAGACCCUGGAUGCCCUGGUUAUCACCAGCGGACUGGUCAUGUUGGUGUUGGAGGAGGAUGGCACCGUGGUGGACACGGAGGAGUUCUUCCAGACCCUGGGGGACAACACACACCUCAUGGUCCUGGAGAAGGGACAGAAGUGGACACCGGGUCGUACCUACAUCCCAGCCCACCAGCCUCCAAAGAGACAGGGGAUUGCAAGAGUUACCUUCGACUUGUACAAGCUGAACCCCAAGGAUGUCAUCGGCUGCCUCAACGUGAAAGCCACUAUGUAUGAGAUGUACUCGGUGUCCUACGACGUCCGGUGCCCAGGGCUCAAGGCCCUGCUGAGGAGGCUGCUGUGGUUCCUGUCUCACACUGCCCAAGUGACCGGCCAGUGUCUCGUCCACACGGGCACCUACAUGCUCCGAGUGCUGGCUGACACAGAGGAGCGGGCGGUGCCCGGCCCACGCCCUCGCCGGGUGAUCAUGAGUGGAUAGGGGCACACAGUGCGGAAUCUCCGCUGGCCUCAACCCCGCAGGUCCCUCUCCGGGGGACGCAUCUGGAAGGCACUGUGUUCCCACCACUUGUCCCCUGCUCAGGAACGGGUGGGGAUGGGGUGGGGGGACGGAGGCAGCACAAGGCCUGCGGCUCCACAAUAAACCAGUCAAGAGAGUUGCUGUGAUACCGCACUUCUUCCUCCUGUCUUCUUCAUGUCAGAAAAGCACACAAAACUCACAGAAGCAAAACUCAGCCAGAGAUGCAUUGGUAACACGUGCAAUCACUUUUAAGUCUGUCAGGAGACAGGAAGGUCAGAUGUUACUGUGGGGUUUUAUAGUGUCGGUCCUGAAUGAGCCCAGUGACCCGAAAGCCUCUGGAUCUGAAUUUUUGGAGGUGAUGAACUGCACUGGCAACCUUUC